UGAACAUGCUCAUUUGUUUACAAAAGGCUUGCAAAAAGUGCGAAGAAAAUCUCGAAUUGAUUUUUUUUUAAUCUGUAGUACAAAUAAUCCUAAGAAUUUGUUCUUCAAAAAUAUAAACAAGUCACUGCCUUUCUCCUCGACAAAGAUUCAAAAUGUAUCAAUUCGUAGAAACACGUGCUGCAUCGACAUCAGCAAAUGCUUUGAUUUUGUUGCAAAAUAACAGAUCAAAAGUUGGAAAAAGUGUUUUAGAUUUUCCAUUAAAUAGGAAACGGCUGAAAUUGUUAAAUGAAGCUAAACAAUUCAGUGAAAGAAGUACAGGAAUAGCUUAUUGGAUGUCACGUAACCAACGUGUUCAGGACAAUUGGGCUCUUUUGUAUGCCCAAGAACUGGGACUGAGAAGUUCACUGCCAAUUCAUGUCAUUUUCUGUUUAGCUGAAUCAUUUCUUGAAGCAACCAUUCGCCACUUCAAAUUUAUGAUUGAAGGAUUAAAAGAAGUUCAAAAUGAUUGUGAGAAUCUCAAUAUAAAUUUUCAUCUUUUAAGAGGCAACGCUGGAGAUGAAGUUCCGAAGUUUGUAAAAGAUCACAACAUUGGUACGUUAAUUUGUGACAUGAGUCCACUGAGAAUUCAUCGCCAAUGGGUUGAAGAUAUCAAAAAAAAUAUUUCACCUGAUGUUCCAUUCGUACAAAUCGAUGCAUAUAAUGUUGUCCCUGUUUGGGUAACAUCUGACAAAGAAGAACCAGCUGCAUACGCUUUGCGUAAUAAACUCAUGCCAAAACUUAAAGAAUUUCUUACUGAAUUCCCUCCACUAAUACGACAUCCACAUAAAGCAAAGUCACCAGCAGCUUCAAUUGAUUGGAAUCGUGUAAUCAGUUCUUUAAAAGUUGAUCGUUUAGUUCCAGAAGUAACAUGGAUAAAGCCUGGUUAUAAAGCAGCAGUUUCAAUGCUUGAUACUUUCAUAAAAGAAAGAUUAAGAAAUUAUGCGAAACUUCGCAACGAUCCCGUUCAAUGUCAUAAAGCAGUUUCCAAUUUAUCUCCUUAUUUCCACUUCGGGCAGUUAUCACCUCAACGUGCUAUGAUCGAAGUUGAAAAAAGUAGAGAAAAGAGUAAGGAAAAUGUCGAAUCUUUCUUCAAUGAAGCUGUUAUUUGGAGAGAGCUGGCUGAGAAUCUUUGUUAUUACAACAAAGAUUAUGACAACUUCAAUGGUGCCAAAGAUUGGGCAAAAGCGACUUUAAGAAGUCACUUGAAAGAUAAAAGAGAGUACAUUUAUAGUUUAAAAGAGUUUGAAGAUGGAAAAACUCAUGACAACAUGUGGAAUGCAGCUCAACUUGAGAUGAAAGUAACAGGAAAGAUGGCUGGCUACAUGAGAAUGUAUUGGGCAAAGAAAAUUCUUGAAUGGAGUGAAACACCCGAAGAUGCAAUUAAAACAACAGUUUACCUCAAUGAUCGUUACAGUCUAGAUGGAAGAGAUCCAAAUGGUUAUUUGGGGAUCAUGUGGAGUAUCGCUGGAAUUAACGAUCGACCAUUUACCGAAAGAAAUGUUAUCGGAAAGAUUCGCUACAUGUCGUAUCAUGCCUGCUUUCAAAAGUUUGAUGGAAAAGCUUAUGUUGCAAAACAUUGCGGGGGUGCAGUUUAUAAGAAAAUAAACGAUAAGAUGAAUUAUCAAGAUAAAGUGAAAGAAAUUAUUGAAAGGAAGAAUCUUGAUCAAGACGAUGAUGCAUUUUUCAUUUAUAAUGUUAAUAAUGUGAUCAAACAACAGCAAAUGUGGGUCCAGCAGAUUCCCAGAGUGACGCCUUAUUUCGCUGUUAAAUGUAAUAAUAGAAAAGCAGUUCUUUCAACAAUGGCAUUACUUGGUAAUGGUUUUGAUUGUGCCAGCAAGUUAGAAAUAAAUAAAAUACUUAAACUCGGUGUUCAACCUGAUAAAAUAAUUUUCGCAAAUCCAAUCAAGCAAAUUUCACAUAUAAAAUUUGCAAGGAAAGUUAAAGUCAACAAAAUGACUUUUGACUGUUAUGAAGAACUGUUGAAGAUCAAAGAACAUCAUCCAAAAGCUGAAGUUAUUUUAAGAAUUCGUUUUGAUGCAGAGAAAUGUUUAAUUUCAUACGGAAGGAAAUUUGGUUGUGAUCCAAUCAAAGAAGCGCCAGAUCUCAUAUUAAAGUGCAAAUAUUUGAAACUUAAUCUCAUUGGAAUUGCAUUUCAUGCUGGCUCAAACUGUGAUGAUUUCAAAGUCUUUCAAAAGGCUCUUGCAGUGAUUAGAAAGCUUUUUGAUUAUUCAAUGGAGAUUGGAAUUCGAAUGAAUUUUAUUGACAUUGGUGGAGGUUUUGUUGGAGAUGAUUUACAACUGAUGGAGAAGUAUUCUGAUGACAUCAAUACAGGAAUUGAUAAAUAUUUUAAUGACGAUAAUUACACGAUAAUCUCAGAGCCUGGAAGAUAUUUUGUAUCAUCAGCUUUCACAUUAUUUUGUAAAGUAAUCGCAAAGAAAGACAGAAAAGAUUCAAUGGGUCAUCUUACUUCAAUCGAUUAUUACAUCAACGACGGAAUAUUUGGAUCGUUUCUAGGAAAAUUUCUUGGGAAAACAUUGAACAAUCAAAUGUUUGAAGUCUUUCAAUCUUCUAAAGAACAUGAAAAUGUUUACAAAUCUACAAUCUGGGGUCAAACCUGUGACAUAAUUGAUGUUGUAGCUGAUCGAAUUUAUCUUCCACUUCUUACUGUCG